AUGGCCUCCUUUCCCAACGUCUACACACACCGUAAGGUGGCUGAAACAGCAUCGAAACGAUGUGAGAUCUGCUUCAAGCCAAGCACGAGCGUGCUUGUGACUCCAGACAAGCAGGUUCGUCUCAUCUUCAGCCCGCAGCCUCUCAUCCACUUGUAUUUCAAGUCUGUCGCUCGUCGCCCUGCUGCAGAGCGCGGCUCGUAUGGUCAUCACCUGAAGGACCGUGGGUUCUGCUCGCCCAUCAUCGAUCAGGCCGCAAUCGAUGCCAAGAAGAAGAAGGACAUGGAAGCGGAGGUUGAGAAAGUAAGGAAGGAGUACGAAGAACGUCAGCGAAAGAAGAAGGAGGAGAGUGAGAAGUCCAAAGAAAAGGAUAAGGACAAGGACAAGGACAAGGAUAAGGAUGGGAACGACAAGAAGGCUGAUGACAAGAAAACCGACGAGUCCAAGGACGUGAAGAAUGACGAGGAGAAACCACAAGAGGAAGAGGAAGAGCCUCGCGUCUUUGCCCUGCACAGGUCUGACAAACCUUCCUUCCAGAAUCGAGUUUACCAGAAACGCCAGGCUGAGAUGGCCAAACGGAAUCGUGAACGGAUACAGAGCCCAAACUUCUUCCCGUCCGUGCCCAAGGGAAAUCCUUGA